AUGAAUAAGCGAGAUUUAUCUAAAAGGAUAUCAAUAUACCAGCAAAUCAACGCGGUGCUACUCGUUUAUCUCGUGAGAUGUGUCAAGAGCACGAAGUCUGUGCUUUGGAGGUACCUGUCAGCAGUUUACGAAUUAGUUUACACUAUAGAUGAACUCUCUAUAAUACUGACUUUGCUCACAAAUGUCACUCCUCAAAAUCGGGAACAAAUUGAAGCGCAGAACCACUUGGCUGUUGCGCUGGAACACCUGCAAUCUACAAUCCAAUACUUAGAAAUAGAAAUGGUUAAAACCUCGGAUUUGGAUGAAAUAUUGUCAUUUUACAAAACUUCGAGUUUUUUAAGUUUAAAUAACACAAGUAUGGCGAUAGAUGUGUGGCGAGACGCGGCAAAUAACUAUACUGUGAAAACUUACAAUAAUUUAAAAGAGUUAAAAGACAUUCAAAAGAAUUUGUGGAGUGUUGUUCGAGAUUCAGCAGCAAGAGAGAUCUGGAUUGCGCGUCGUACUAUGGUGUUGGGGGUGAGCGUGCUCGCCGUUGUGCUGCUCGCUGCGCCUGUCCUCGUCGUUCUGUUGCAACACACGCUUGCUACUAUACAAAUAUUCACAGAAUCGAUAGAGCUGAGUACUCAGCAACUGAUGGCAGAGAAGCAGAAGAGUGACAUGCUGUUAUCACGCAUGCUGCCGCUGCCGGUGCUGCGGAGACUGCGGGCGCAGCGCACGGUGCCUGCGGAGCACUUCGACGCCGUCACCAUCUACUUCAGUGACAUCGUCGGCUUCACUAGCAUCGCUGCCAGUAGCACUCCCAUGGAGAUCAUCAACAUGCUCAAUAUGCUUUACAGAAUGUUCGAUGACACAAUAAUGAAUUACAAUGUAUAUAAGGUGGAAACUAUAGGCGAUGCUUACAUGGUAGUAUCAGGGCUGCCACAACGGAACGGCAAUCGGCACGCGUCCGAGAUAGCGGACAUGUCCCUGGCGCUGAUGCACAACGUGCAGGGCGCGCGUGUGCCGCACCGGCCGCACGAGGCGCUGCGCGUGCGCGCCGGCCUCAACACCGGGCCCUGCGUGGCCGGCGUCGUGGGCGCCACCAUGCCGCGCUACUGCCUCUUCGGGGACACCAUCAACACGGCCAGUCGCAUGGAGAGCACGGGCGAGCCUAUGAAAAUACACAUAUCGCAUACGACGAAAGCCGCUUUGGAUAUAAUAGGAAAUUAUAUAGUAGAAUCGCGGGGGCUGGUUGAUGUAGCGGGCAAAGGUUUGAUGGAGACUUUUUGGUUGCUGGGAAAAGUUGGCCAAGUACAGCCGGAAAGUCCUCGAUGUCGUCUGCAGGACUACGACCAGAAUAUUCUAGAAUUACUUAUUAAAUAAUUAUUUUCGUUGUUGACUAUUAAGUAAUAAAUAAUUAAGAUACAAA